AUCAAUUAACAGUAAGCAAACAAGCAAACAAACAAACAAACAAACGGAAAAGGUCGCAGAUAAGACACCCUUUUCGAGCCGUAUAUAUAUAUAGAGGGGUACCUGCCAGUACGUUAACCUUCGAAAUUCUCCUCUCUCCUCGCUGUCUAUAUGUAUCGGUGUUUUUCUCAAACACUGCAUUCCCUAGAUCUCGCCUCGAAACUGUAACGCUGAAGCUUCGAAAACAAUCCAGCGAAAUGGCCUCUGAUUUAAGUUCUCUUUAGUUCUAUUGUCGUUUUGAGUUUGGUCUCACUUUGGAUCAAAAUGGAAGGCGGCAACGAUGGCACCGUGAGGCUAGGGGCUCUGAACUUGAGGACGGAUCGGAACGGUUUUGAAUCGGACCCGGAUGUGUCCGUUUCAUCGCCUGUGACGAGACAGAAAGCUGCUGCGGCGAAGCAGUUCAUAGAGAAUCACUAUAAGAACUACUUGCAAGGAUUGCAAGAUCGUAAAGAGAGACGUCAAGCACUUCAAAGAAGAGCACAGGAAGCUCGGGUAUCAAAUGAGGAACAAGAGGAGAUGCUGAGGAAUUUGGAACGCAGAGAAACCGAGUAUAUGAGGAUGCAACGACGUAAAACUGGAAUUGAUGACUUUGAGCAAUUAACUGUAAUCGGUAAAGGUGCAUUUGGUGAGGUCAGAUUAUGCCGAGCCAAAAGCACUGGAGAGAUUUUUGCCAUGAAGAAACUCAAGAAGUCCGAGAUGCUUAGCCGUGGGCAGGUUGAGCAUGUCCGAUCAGAGAGGAACUUACUUGCUGAGGUUGAUAGUCGAUGCAUUGUAAAACUUUUCUACUCCUUUCAAGAUUCUGAUUUCUUAUACCUUAUCAUGGAGUAUUUGCCUGGUGGAGACAUAAUGACGCUAUUGAUGAGAGAAGAUACUCUUUCUGAAGAUGUUGCACGCUUUUAUAUAGCAGAGAGUAUUCUAGCUAUACACUCAAUUCAUCAGCACAACUAUGUUCAUAGGGACAUAAAACCAGAUAACCUGAUACUGGACAAAAAUGGCCAUUUGAAGCUUUCAGAUUUUGGCCUAUGCAAGCCCCUGGAUGAUAAGUAUUCAACAAUUUUACUGGAAAAUGAAGAUAUUUCUACUCAAGAAGGUGCAAUAAACGUUGGAGGACACUUUGACCGACCUCCUUGGUCAAUGCCUAAAGAAAAAUUACAACAAUGGAAACGUAAUCGUCGUGCACUGGCUUAUUCUACUGUUGGAACUCUUGAUUAUAUGGCACCUGAAGUGUUGCUAAAGAAGGGAUAUGGAAUGGAGUGUGAUUGGUGGUCCCUGGGUGCAAUCAUGUAUGAGAUGCUUUUGGGCUAUCCUCCCUUCUGUUCUGAUGAUCCCAGAAUCACAUGCCGCAAGAUAAUAAAUUGGAAAACAUGCCUCAAAUUCCCUGAGGAACCAAAGAUAUCAAAUGAGGCCAGAGAUCUUAUUUGUCACUUGCUCUGUGAUGUUGAAACGAGGCUAGGGACCAGAGGAGUGGAUGAAUUAAAGGCACAUCCAUGGUUCAGAUGCAUUCAGUGGGAUAUGUUGUACGAAAUGGAAGCUGCAUAUAAGCCUCUAGUCAAUGGAGAUUUGGACACUCAGAAUUUUGAGAAAUUUCCUGAUUUGGAAGGUCCACCAUCCACAAUACCAAGGGUGGGACCGUGGAGGAAGAUGUUGACAUCAAAAGAUACCAAUUUCAUAGGAUUUACUUUUAAGAAAUCUGACGUCCUUAACUCACUAGAAAGUUCAGGUGCAGAUGUGAAAUCAAAUGUAUCUUCAAAGGCUCCAUCUUUAAUUUCCUUAUUAGGCCAGAUUGACCUGCAAGAAACUGUGGAACCAGAAGGGGAUCAGACGCUGGAAAUUUAAUUUCCAACCAUUAUGUUUUGAUUUGAUUGCAGUAGGUUUUCCAAGUUUAUUCACAAGUAAAAUCUGAAAAAGGAAGAACUAUACGAGACAUAAUUGGCGAGAGGUGUUGUGCAUACAUGAAUAAGGACAUCAGCUCUAGAGUUGAUGUGAUGUUGGGUUCUAUUAUUUUUUUUUUUCUUGCACAAAAUAUGCUCUGAUACUGUAAAGCCGGUAAAUAGUCCAUCUGAACUGGAACACGAUUUUUUUGUGAGCUUGUUUUUCCCAUAUCUAUGUCAAAGUCGGGCAUUGUUAAUACAAUUUUGUACAUUAAAACAGACCUUAAUUCACUGAGAUUAGUUGAACUUA